AUGUGUCAUAUUCCAUGUUGUAUCAAAUUUAUUCUUAUCAUAUUAAUUUGUGUUGUCAUAAUACAUUAUCAGAAUAUUAUUCAAGAAAAAAUGAAAUUCUAUCCACCAGAGGUAACAUCAGAGACAAAAAAUCUUUUUAAAUUUCCAUUAGUUGAAUUACAUGUUCAUUUUGAUGGAAGUAUUCGUAUUGAAACUAUUUGGGAUCUUAUUCAAAAAAAGAACAUUGAAAUUGAAGGUGUUCAUUCUGUUAAUGAUUUAAGAAAUAUUUUAAUAACUCAUAAACCAGAUGAUCUUGCUGGUGUUUUGAGAGCAUUUGACAUUUUUCUUCCAAUUGUUAGAGGUGAUUUAGAGGCUAUUGAAAGAAUUGCUUAUGAAAUGGUUGAAGAUCAAGCAAAAAAUAAUGUUUGUUAUUUUGAGGCACGUUAUUCUCCUCAAUUUUUUAGUGACAAAACUGAGUAUGGACUUCCAUUACCAUCUAAUUAUGGUCCAAGAAAAGAAAUAACCUGUGAACAAAUUGUUGAAGCAGCAAAUCGUGGAUUUAAAAGGGGUGAAUCUGAUUUUGGUGUUGUUGUUAGAUCAAUACUUUGUUGUAUUCGUGGAUUUGAAAAAUGGGCUAAAGAAGUUUUAGAUUUAGUUGUAAAAUAUCAAAAUGAUGGUGUUGUCGCUAUGGAUGUUGCUGGUUCUUCAGGAGGAGCUGAUGAAAAAUAUUCACAUCAAGUAACAGAAGUUUUCCAAAAAGCACAUGAACUUGGAAUACCAACAACAGCUCAUGCUGGUGAAGCUGGUACCUAUAAAGAGGUUAUAAAUGUUGUUGAAAAUUUAAAAGUUCAUCGUGUUGGUCAUGGAUAUCAUAUACUUGAUGAUGAAGAAACAUACAAAAAAAUUGCUCUUCAUGAUAGAAUUCAUCUUGAAGCAUGUCCAUAUUCUUCAAUUAUGACAGGAUCAUGUGAUGUAGUUUGGCAAAAUCAUCCAACAAAAAGAUGGAGUGAGGAUGAUGCUAAUUUCUCAUUAUCAACUGAUGAUCCAACAUGCUUUGGUAAUUCUAUGCAAUCUGAUCUUUUAAUAGCUAAAAAUUAUAUUGGUCUAUCACUCCAUCAAAUAUGGAAAUGUCAACUUAAUGCUAUUGAGUCAUGUUUCUUAAAUGAUCAUGAUAAAACAAUUCGUGAAAAAUUAAUUGAUCAACUUAAAAAAAGUGAACCAAAAUAA